AUGACACGCACGUCGAAUCCACCAAUCCUCUCGCAGCUCCAGAGCGCAAGGAGCUAUACCGAACAGACGAGCGCUCUGCGGGCUCUCAAGAACGAUGUUGUCGGGCACGCACAGAAGAAGGAGAUAUGGGCUGAGCUAGGCGCACUGGAACCCAUCGUCAAGAUACUCAAUGCUUCUCGGUCUCCGGCCAAGGUCAACGGCAAAGAUACCCGCCCGAGCUCCAACUCUCGGUGGUUGAACGAGGAAGAAACAGUGAGGCUUCAGGCUCUACAAUUGUUGGCAAGCUUUGCCAAUGGGGGCACUGCUUUCGUCGAGCCACUCCUAGCUGCGAGCGCGCUGCCAGCCGUGUUGGACAAUGUGUGUCCAACUACAAACGCUCCUUUGCUCGUCACUACGGCACUACGCGUCCUCCUCAACAUCAUCGAAGCUUCCACUUUGUCAACUACGAGUUCGCCAAUAGACAUGCAAGCCUCAGCUUUGGCUUCGAUCUUGGAGGCAUUGACUGUCAUCAUCUCGGACUCUCGCUUCAGGGCCUGCAUGUUGUUAUGCUCGCCGGCUAUCAUGGCCAUCUUCCCUGCUCUGAAAUUCAACCCGUCCAAGGAAGUCCGAGCGCCUUGGAACUCCCUAGAGGUUAGCGGUCUCGGAUACGCGCGCCAGCAGAACCUCAGCGCUCUGGACUAUCUACUACCCGCAAUCCCUAUACAUCAAGGCCGGAUCCCUGGUUCGCAGCAGUCACACUUUCCUGCUCUGGGUUCGUCGGAGGCGCGGGAGCGGGCUCGUUCGGCCGCAAGCAAAUACAGCUCUACGGCUUCCGUUUGGGAGACUUCCCGGUUCGAGUUGUUCGGAAACGAGACAGAGCCGGAAGAAGAACAGGAGACUCCUCUGAUACCGUGGCUGAUACUCUUGGUCAGAUCGCGACAGGGUCUGGAUCGGCUGAUGGCUGCCAAUCUCCUCACUUCACUUUUUAGGUCUGGGUUUGGCAGCAAGUAUCUGAGAGAGACCAGCCUCUGCCUUCUAGUUGUUCCUGUCCUUAUGGAGAUGCUCGAACACCUUCAGGCAGCACCGCCAGUGGUGAAGUCUCCCCUGGUUGAUGCAGACGCGGCGCUCAAAUGGACGAUACUGGAGCGCACGCCAGCCAUCCUUGCCCGAAUAAUCACAGACAGCGAGCCGCUUCAAAAGGCUGCUUUUGACUGCGGUGCCGUCAAAUGUUUCAGCAAGCUCCUCAAAGACGCAUAUGAGCCAAUUCCACCAUCGGCUUACGCUAAGGUAUGGUCACCACAGGCCGACACUACGAUGGAGACCGAAAGCACCCCUCCUUCUCGCGCUCUGGGAUCAGAAGGACAACCGCCGCUCCUAGCUCACAGGGUGCGGAUGCGAGAAAGUGCACUCAAGGCGAUAGGGGCUCUGGCGGCCGGCAAGGACGAAUAUCGUAAGGCUUUCGUUGUGGAGGACGUCGUUGCUCACAUUGUGCAAUCAUUAUCACCCACGCCCGGCAAGCCGUCAAAUCCCAAGGAUCGCAGCAAACCAAAUGAACCAGAUGGGCCAAUCCGUGACGGAUCCGCGUCUGACCACAAUUCUGGUUAUGGUAGUAACCCGCUGUCGGUCUUGAUCGCGGGCUGCCACGCUGUGAGAAUGCUGUCUCGGUCAGUGAGUAUCCUCAGGACAUCUCUGGUUGACUAUGCUGUGGCCGUGCCUCUAUUCCGGUUCCUCAGGCACCCUGACGUGGAUGUCCAAGUUGCUGCCACUGCUGCGAUUUGCAACUUGGUCACCGAAGUCAGCCCCAUGAGAGAGCUCCUGGCCGACCGGGGUGUGAUGAAAAUACUGUGUGAGCAUGCGCAUUCUCUCAAUGCGGCACUGCGUCUUAACGCUCUCUGGGCACUGAAGCAUUUCGUACAUGCGGUUGACACCGAAACCAAGAGGCAUUGUCUGGAAGAGCUUGAGUCUGGAUGGCUUGUGCAGCUUAUUUGUGACGAUACUGAAGACGAUGCUCUGUUCCUUGCUAGGUCUAAGCUGGACAAGCAGAAUGCCGUUGACACUGGAGACGAUUUGGAUGGCGAUGUCGAGAUGGAUCAGGCUGAUCCGUUAUCCAAAUCGUGGUUGGGUUCACAGGACGCAGAAGGCAAACGAUCGGUCAAGUUACGUCAAACCGAGGCAAAAUUGGCAGCUCUUCGCGAGGCCGAAAUCAAUCCUUUGCGGAAAGCCCGUAAUGACGACCUUGCCAUUCAGGAGCAGGGCCUCGACUUCAUAAGGAAUUUGAUCGGGGCAGGUGCAUCUGGACCACAACCUGAUGCGUCAAGCGAUACCACGGAGAUGAUUGAGUACCUUUUCAACGAGUUGGGGCAGGACAGAUUUUUUGAUAUCCUAGCCAGGAAGCUCCAGGCCAAGGUACUUCAUCCAACGUCAAGACGGUCCACGGGUUCAGGACGAGAGGCUCGAGUCCUCUACCCUCAGGCCAAGAUCAUCGAGGCCGUUGUGUUCAUCCUCGUUCACAUGGCGGCGAGCAUUCCGCGCCAUCGACAACUGGUUAUUGCACAAACAGACUUGCUCAAGCUGUUGGCAAAUCACUUCAAUAGCAAGGACAAAGAAGUCCGGGUUGCCCUUUGUCACUUGAUCAGCAACCUCACGUGGCAGGACGACGACAAUGAUGCACGGGGAUGCGCCCAGAGGGCGUACGAGCUGAAGAAGCUGGGCUUUCUCACCAAACUUGAGGGAUUAGAAGACGACAGCGAAUUAGACGUGCGAGAACGGGCCAAGAGUGCAGUGUGGCAGAUGAAGCAGCCUGGCACAUACUAG